UGCUUGCCGGGUCGGCCUUUCAGUCUAGUUGCCAGCCAAGGCGGGAGAACGAGCGAGCUAACGAGCGGCUGAGGACCGGCCGCCAGCAGCGACCAUCGGCAUGUUCAGUUGGCUGAAGCACAGCGGGCAUCAAAAGCCCGGCGAAAAUGAGAACGUAGUGGAGACGGUGACCGGCGGUUUGAAAGAGCUUUACGCGAAGAAGCUGUUUCCGCUGGAGGAGCAUUACCGCUUUCAUGAGUUCCACUCGCCCGCCCUGGAGGAUGCAGACUUCGACAACAAACCCAUGGUGCUCCUUGUGGGUCAGUACAGCACCGGGAAGACCACUUUUAUUAGGUACCUCUUGGAGCAAGAUUUUCCAGGAAUGCGAAUUGGCCCUGAACCAACUACAGAUUCUUUCAUUGCUGUCAUGUAUGGAGAUACUGAAGGGAGUACUCCAGGAAACGCUCUUGUGGUGGAUCCCAAAAAGCCAUUCCGCAAACUCAGCCGUUUUGGAAAUGCGUUCUUGAAUCGGUUCAUGUGUGCUCAAUUACCCAAUCAGGUUCUGAAGAGCAUCAGCAUCAUAGAUAGCCCUGGCAUUCUUUCAGGAGAGAAACAACGCAUCAGUAGAGGUUACGACUUCUGUCAAGUCCUGCAGUGGUUUGCUGAGCGGGUUGAUCGUAUCAUCCUUUUAUUUGAUGCCCAUAAACUUGAUAUUUCCGAUGAAUUCUCAGAAGCAAUCAAGGCAUUCCGGGGUCAGGAUGACAAGAUAAGGGUGGUGUUGAAUAAGGCUGACCAAGUGGACACCCAGCAGUUAAUGAGAGUAUAUGGUGCACUCAUGUGGUCCUUGGGCAAAGUAAUUAAUACUCCUGAGGUAUUGCGGGUUUAUAUUGGUUCUUUUUGGGCCCAGCCCCUGCAAAACACAGAGAACAGAAAAUUAUUUGAAGUAGAGGCACAAGAUCUAUUCCAGGACAUUCAGAAUCUUCCACAAAAAGCAACAGUGAGAAAACUGAAUGAUCUGAUCAAGAGGUCACGGCUUGCAAAGGUGCAUGCUUACAUAAUCAGCUACUUGAAAAAGGAAAUGCCUUCAGUAUUUGGAAAAGAAAAUAAAAAGAAGGAAUUGAUCAACAAAUUACCUGAAAUUUAUCGUCAGCUACAGCAGGAGUAUCAGAUUUCACCAGGAGAUUUUCCUGAAGUCAAGAAAAUGCAGGAAAAAUUGGAGAACUAUGACUUCACUAAAUUCCAUUCACUGAAACCAAAACUGAUAGAAUCCGUCGAUAACAUGCUAUCCACUAAAGUGGCUUAUUUAAUGACUCUGGUUACACAGGAAGAACGUAACAAGCCAACACAGAAGGUUCAAGGCGGGGCAUUUGAUGGUACCACAGCAGGACCAUUUGACCAUGGCUAUGGGGAAGGUGCCAAGGAAGGAGCUGAUGAGGAAGAAUGGGUUGUUGCCAAAGAUAAACCCACAUAUGAUGAAAUCUUUUACACUCUCUCGCCAGUCAAUGGUAGAAUCUCUGGGGCCAAUGCAAAGAAAGAUAUGAUGACCUCCAAACUGCCAAACAGCGUCUUGGGGAAAAUCUGGAAACUUGCUGACUGUGAUAACGACGGCAUGUUGGACGAAGAGGAAUUUGCAUUAGCGAAACAUCUCAUCAAGAUAAAAUUGGAGGGAUAUGAACUGCCUAGUAACUUGCCCAUCCAUUUGGUACCCCCAUCCCAUAGAAAAAAUGUGCGUGGAAUAGAGCGGUAAAUGAAUUGUUACAAAAUUAAACACACAAAAUGGUGGAAACUGUUGCAUAGAAAAACUUACUUGAAAGUAUAUUAAUCUGCCAAUAUUUUCAGAACCAUAUCAAAUGUUAAAUUUGUGCUAUAGCAAAAUCGUUUUUGCAUUUUUUUAAAAAAAGCACACAGAGCAUAAUUGGCAACAAGAAACUAUAAUUAGUCAGAAUAUCUAUGUAUGCACAUUUGUGUCCUUAUAGAAAUUAUUUCUGAUUUUUAAAAUAUACAUGAAUUAGAUGUGAUACACUUUGUAAGCUACAGGAACCAGCAAUGUAGAGGUACCAAUUAUUUUUAUGAGUAGAUAUAGAAACCCUCUUGCACAAAAAUAUUUUGUCAGAAGUGCCUUUUAAAUCUCUUUUUGCAAAUAUUCAGUGGAUAAGAGAAAUGUUUCCAUUAAAUUUACAGUCACAUUGAUAAAAUAGGAUUAGGUAGGUGUAAAAUAAAUUAAUACAUUUAAAUAAUAAAAUGCAAAACUUUAAAACAGUUCUCUUCCAAGGGCCAUUUAUUUUUUUCUAUUUGAGAUAUGUUUGAAAUAUUAUUAUGAUAUACCAAACACUAUGUUUCUUAGAUUAGAUUACAUUUUUAGGCUAAAAGAAUGCAUUUCAGUGCACCUUUGUCGUUUUAAUCAAAUAUUUAAAAGCAUAUUUAGUUUUAAAAUUUAUGAACAAAUAGUUCAAUGGGAAAAAGAAAAAUAUGGUAUGGAAAAAUAAGUGUUUUAAUAUUAACUUCAUUUGAGAAAAUUGGGGAAAUAUAAUUAAGAAAUAAUUAUUUCGGUUGAUAUUUUAAUUGUGAUCAGAGUAAUUGUUGAACUUGUCCAUAUGACCUUUUCGCAAGUAAGAUAUAAAAUAUCAGUUUUGCAGGAUUAGGUUCAAAGCCAGAUUCUCCAGAAAUUCUAUAAACAGGACAUGAAUGCAUUACAGUACCUUUCCCUGUUGUUCUCAGCAUUUGGUGAUUGGAGAUAUGCUGUCUUGGAACCUGGAGGUUCCAUUUAACAUCAUAGCUGAAAAGUUAUGAUAAAAUUAGUGUCUGUAUAUUUUAUUUUUACUUUAUAAAGUCAUUGAAGAGGAAGCUAUCACCAAAAUAUUGUGGUCAGAUCCUAAUAGGUUAGAGGUAAUUGAUACAUUUUUAUUAGCUAUAAAUCUGUAGAGUACGUUUUGUACAAAUAUAGUUUUAAAAAAUACCCAUUCUGAUGAUUCAAUUCCAUAAACACAAAACUUGCUCACCAACUAACAAUAUUCUUUGCAAUGCUACCAAAUUAAAGGUAUACUUACUGAAAGUGAAUUACACACAGGGCAGGUAAACUGGUUUGAUAAUUCUUCUCAGUGAUAUUAUUCAUUGUAAAUGUGAAAGGCAAAAUUGAUCAUUCCUUAGUAUUCCCAGUUUUGGGUGGGUAAUGAUCAUAGGGAUCUUGCUUGUUAUUCUCUUGCUUCUUCCUUUGUAUUGUCAGGUGUCAACGUGUUGUACACAUUGAUCAAGUUGAGUUGAGUUGAUGCCUUGAGCUUCUGAAUGAAAGGCAGGAUAUGAAUGUGACAAAUAUGAAGUCAGAUUGUUCCAGCCUCUUCAGUCUCUUCUGUACUGAUGAGUGGCCUUUCCACACUUGUUGCCCGAAAUCCCUUUAAGUGGGGGUGCUAGCAUGACAUCUGUUUCUAAAACAUAUACUUUGUCAGGAAACCAUGUUAUAUUUAGGCAUUACCUUAAGCCAUAGUAUACUUAACUAUGGCUUAGGGAGGAAAACCAAUUUUUCUGGGUUUAACUUUACGGCUAAGUAUGAUUAGAACCGGGUAUCACUUUUAGAUCUUCAUUAUAACCGCUUUGUGAGCAUUGUCAUUAAGGUGCUGUAAUCAUCUCAACUUUUUUUUUUAGUAGAUUGCUUACUGAAAACUCCACCAAACUGUCAAUCUGUUCUGUUACCAAGAUUAAUAUUCAAGGUCAAACCCAUAGUAUAGGUCAGUGCUGGUUUUGGAAUGGUGGGGAUUUCAAGGUUUUUGAAGGAGCUAAUUUAUUUAGAAAGGGUAGUAAGAGACAAAUGGCCAGGAGGACCACAUUAGACUAAAGAGCCUGGUGCCUGGAAGGAAUUUAUCAUCUUUCGCUCUUGUAUUAUUGAGUCAUAACAGAUACAGAUUUCAAGGGGGGGAAAUCGUUAAAGGGAAACUGAAAUUAUUGUAUAUUGUAACACUGGGGGGGUGGAAAUCAAGAGAUAAAAUUCUAUCUGUAAAUCACAAAUAGACAGAAUAUAUAAUUUUAUUUAUUGUCAAAA